AUGGCACCGACCUCGAAUGUCCAUGCUCGAUCGCACAGUCUGCUGCUCUUACAGAAACUCCUCAACCUUCGUGACGGCGCAAGUCCUCUUACUCUCGUGAUAGACAAUCUCGAACAACCUGCGCGACCAGUCCUUAGCGAGUUUGUGUCGAGAGCAAAGAUUGCAAAGACACAAGUUAUCUUCCUGUCGCUGGUAACGCUGAAGAAACCACAAGAUGCAGAUGUUUUCAUAAAAGCUGCAGGCAGAGAUCUUCAGACUGUGCGCAAAGAGUUGUUGAAUCAUUAUCCUGCUUUCAACCCUCUUUUGGACAAGGGAAAGCCCACUCAAAGGGCCGUUGUGAUUGUCGACUCACUAAACGCCUUAGCAUCUGCCGCUCCUCAGUCCCUGGCAAGCUUUCUCUCAAGCAUCAUCACGCCAGCUGUCUCUAUCGUUGCCACGUACCAUGAUGAUGUACCCAUAGUACUGCCAAGGUCGUUCAGCGAGUAUGAACCCCAUCCUUUUACUGUACUAUGCCACCUCGCUACUGCUAUCCUGAGGCUGUCCAGUCUUUACCAAGAGAUUGAGCGUCAGAAGGCUCGAAACAGGAGCAUUCAGGAGCCAGAGUGGGGUUUGAACGAAAAUCGUGAGGGAGUGCUCGUCAGUCUUGGAGAGAAGGGCAGAGAUCGGAACGAGGACAGCAAUGGAGUUGUUAUUAAUAUGGAAUUACGACGACGAAGUGGAAGAACUGUUUCAGAAAAGUUUAUUCUCAGCUCCAAAGGCUUGGUUACAGCGCCUCAACCCGGCAAGGUGUGCUUGCUUACAGAUCACCCAAUGUUCGCAGCACCAACGGACAGUGGAGAGACCGGCGAAGGAGAGGAGGAGCCUGAGAGUACAUUUAAUCUGGGGCUCACAGAAAAGCAGCGAAAGGACCGAGAGGGUAUUGUGUUGCCAUACUUUGAUGCGCAAACGGAUAUUGGUGCAGGAGAAGGAGGAAGAAUUCUUUACGAAAUGGGUAGAGAGGACGACUUUGAUGAUGAGGAGGAUGAGAUAUAG